AUGCUCUUCAACAAUCCCUCGACUAUCCUUGUGGGUGCAUUGGGUUGCAUGUCGCUUUUGUCCCAGCGGGCGUAUGCUGCGCAUAUUCCUUAUCGUCACCGACAUAGCCAACAUAGCCCUGGAGGCGUCUAUGAUUCUGCUCCACCAGUCAGCGCCUGUGGAACCGGCGCUCCAACUGCCACAACGACUGUGACUGUAACUGAAACCAUCGAUGCCAGCUCAACGGAGCUGAACGUCAUUACUCCCACGGUUGUUCCUGCUUCCUAUACUACUGUGGAUAUUUCCAGCUCCAGCUCCAGCUCCACCUUUACCAGUGUCGUCGCCGUUUCCUCUACGUCUACAUCUACGUCUACGUCUACGUCUGUGUCUGAAUCUACCUCUGUCUCUACCUCUGCCUCUGCCUCUUCGUCAGGCAAUAGCACUUCAAAGGCAAAGGUCAUCAUCCCGUACUAUCUAUAUCCAUCAACCGGCGCGUGGACACCCUUGGAAGAACUGAUCGUUGCCAAUUCCGAUGUCCAAUUCACCGUCAUCAUCAAUCCAGAUAAUGGCCCUGGCUCAAACACUGCCUCCGAUGCGAACUUCCUCACCGCAGUCCCCAGACUUGCAUCCUACAGUAAUGCACUGGUCCUCGGCUAUGUGAGCACUCAGAAAGGAACUCGAGACAUCUCCGAAGUCGAAAAGGAUAUCCAGACCUACGCCGCAUGGCCAUCAACCAGUGGAAAAUCCUCCUUCGCCGUGCAUGGCAUCUUCCUCGACGAGGCUGUCGCGGAUUACAACGCCGAUACCGUCACUUACUAUAAGAACCUGGCUUCGACCAUCAGGAGUAGUGACGGACUUGGACCAGACAACUACAUCGUCACAAACCCCGGCGCAGUCCCCGACGAAGCCUACCUUGAUAUCCCCGACUCUACUGUCAUUUUCGAGUCUGCAUACAGCGAGUUCCAGUCCGCAUACUCGGCCAACGAAUUCGAGAAGGUCAAGGGACUGGAUCUGGGUCGUUUCGCUACCAUGGUUUACGGUAUCCCGUCCGAUGCCGACCUAUCGACGUUGAUUACGCAGCUGCGCAGUAUCUCCAGUCAUACAUAUAUGAGCAACCUUGACACGUAUCUAGCCUAUGAUUCUUUGUGGAGUACGGUGGUGUCUUUGCUGUCUGCUUAA